AUGAAAGCAGCAUUGGAUAUCCUCGAAUCCAAGAAAGACGGUCUUCGACAUGGUAGCUUGAACGUUCAACAUACUCCUAUAUCAGCCCGGCUCAAGGACAAAAGCAAAGCCCUGAGAACUCUCAGGCGCAGGCAAGAAGAUCGAAAGCAGCUCGUUGAAUUGAAAAGGCUGGUAGAAGCGCGUCAGGAGUCAUGGCAUGAGUAUUGCAAAAUCUGGAAUAUGGAGGAUAAGGAGUACGAAGCCGAACCUUUCACCUCUAUUGAGCAAAUGUUCACAGCCAUGCAUGAUUUGGCCGGCAUUCGCAUCUCCGUUUAUUUUCCAAAUGACGUGCAAAAGGUGGUGGACUUCCUCGACGAAAAGUUCCAUAUUGUCGACGGACCUAGUCGAAAAGGAGGCAUGACACGCGACUUUCAAAAGGUCCGCAAGCUGGUGGAGAGACAGCGCCAGAUGAAGGAUGCGCCCGAGGACAGGAGAAUCGGCCCAGCAGUCGAAUCGACUUUUGCCGGUUACAGGGCAACACAUGUGGUAAUUCAACACAAAAGCCUCGACUUUGACGAGCACGCUCGUGGCGACCGCAUCACCAAUAUUGAAAUACAAAUUGGAAGCAUCAUUAUGCAUGCUUGGUCAGACAUUGAGCAUGAUAUCCUUUACAAGCCUUCCGGUGCCGGCGAAACGUCACCUGACGUGGUUCGUAUGCUGGAUCUGAUUAACGGUAUCGUUAUGACAGGCGAGGUUGCAUUGCAGCAACUUGCUUCAGUUGCAGCCGCCGAGGCUACGCGUCAAGCCGAGGACCGCACACAGCAAGCCAUGAACUGGCAAUACAUGGUGCCUUGGCUUGAUAGGUACUUCAACGACCGUAAAAUUCCUUUACCCCCUAGGAACGAGUGGUUGUCUAUGCGCUUCCUGUUUGAAAUACUGAAGGCCACAGACGACCAUACCUUUGGUCGAGUCGAGGAGUUGUUGGAAGAGAUGGACCCAAAACCUGAUGAGCGUCUGCCCGUUAUGAUGCUGCACCACAUUGGUCGUGAAACAUAUCCAUUCGAGGACAGAGGCUUUGAGCCUUUCAACCUAGCUACUACGUGGAACGCACGAUACUGGGCCACAUGUCUAGUCAACGCACUCAAUCUGGCAAUCUUCAUGUCCUCUAGUCCCAACCUCUACCGCACAAUGUGGUACUACUCCAAAGAGGUUGAAUCCAUCCAUAACUAUCGACCUACAUUCGCCGAAUUCCUCGAUAUUCUGCACCCCACAAAGCCUCGGAGACGGACAGACCGUGAGUCCCGAAUGAUCGACUUUUGCAAGAGAGUUCUAUCUUCAAGUUCAAAAUGUAAGUGA